AUGUUUUAAGUGGAAGCAUUAAUUGUUGUAAUUAUAUUGGUGUGCUAUAUUCUUACAGCACAUUUAAUUGCUGUAAAAAGAAUAAAAUUUCUUCAUGAAUCAGUAGUUGCCAUUUUGAUGGGCAUCUUUGCAGCUCUUUUCAUUAAAUAUGUAUAUAUGAUAAUCUUGAAUUUAGAUUUUUAAUGAAGAUGUUCAUUUCGAUACAGAAUUGUUCUUUAACUUUUUGUUGCCUCCCAUCAUAUUUGCAGCAGGAUACAAUAUGCAUAGAAAUCAUUUUUUUGAUAAUUUUUGGCUAAUCUCUUAUCAUGGAAUAAUAUGCACAAUUUUGACAUUUGUUAUUUUGAGUGCAUUUGCUUUAUUCAUGAAUGAAACAAGUUUAGUAUAAUAGAAAAUGGGAUAAGAUGAGAUACUCCUAUUGACAGCUACUCUGUGUGCAACUGUAAACGUGUUAAAAUAUUACUCUUUAGGACACAGUUGCUGCGCUCACAUUAAUCAAAGAAACAGAAUAUCCAAUACUUAAUUCAGUCUUGUUUGGUGAAGGAAUUUUUAAUGAUGCUGUAUCAAUUCUAAUUUUUCGAUCAGUUAAAAAAUACCUUUCAGAAGAUGGUGGAUUCUCAAAUUUAUCUAUGAAUAUUUCUAUACAUUUAUGUGUCGAUUUCAUAUACUUGCUAAUGAUGUCCCUACUUGUAGGUGUUAUUAUAGGAGCAUUAUCAUCAUUAUUAUUUAAAUAUUGUGAUUCUUUACUAAAUCAUCCUGUCAAAGAGACAUCCUUAAUAUUAUUAUUGGGUUAUGCAUCAUAUUUAGUAUCAGAAUCAUUACAUUUAAGUGGAAUUUUAAGUUUAUUUUGUUGUGGAAUUAUAAUGGCAGUUUAUACAUAUCCCAAUAUAUCUUUAUAAGCAUAACAUGGUACUUAGUUGGCUUUUGAUACAAUUGGCUAUUUAGUUGAAGCUUUUGUAUUUGCAUAUCUAGGAAUCACAACUUUAUAAGUUGAUUAUGAAUAAAUUCCUUGGGGUUUUUCAUUGUUAUUGCUAUUAUCUGUAAUUUUAGCCAGAUUGGUUACAGUUUUUAUUUUACCAUGCUGUUACUUUCUGAUGAAUAAAUAAUUUAAAUUAAAUACUUAAGAACUAUUUGUAGUUUGGUAUUCUGGUUUAAUAAGAGGUGUAAUAGCAUUUGCACUUUGUAUUACAAUCAAGACAGCAAAUAGUGAAAUAAUCUAAGGUUGUGUUUUAGUGAUAGUCUUAAUAACAACAAUCUUUGGUUCAAUUUUAUUAGAUAGCUUUGUUGGACUGAUUGGUAUGAAGAGAGCUGAUCCAGAAUUAAAUUAAAUAUAAGAAUUUAUGUUGAGUCAAUCUAGUGAGACUGAUUCAAGUGUCUCUUAUUAUAAAACUAUAGGGGAAUAAAAAUAAUAAUAAAAAAACUUAUCUAAAAAAGGAUUGUGGGGAGGAAUAGAAUAGAAUUUUGUUAGACCAAUCUUCUAAAAGCCUAAAACAAAUUAAAUUUCUGAAAUUAGUAUGCAUACAAUGUGA